GAGCCUGUUGCGAUUGGCUGACUCUCCGUCACGUGGCGCGGAGGCUGGUGUCGGUGGGGAGACAAAUAAACAUGGAGGCCAUCUUUCACGAGAGGCAAGAAGGGUCCUUGUGUGCCCAACACUGUUUGAAUAAUCUGCUGCAAGGGGAAUAUUUCAGUCCUGUAGAACUGUCCUUUAUUGCACAACAGCUGGAUGAAGAAGAAAGAAAAAGAAUGGCAGAAGGAGGACUUUCUAGUGAAGAAUAUAGGACAUUUUUACAGCAACCCUCUGGAAACAUGGAUGAUAGUGGCUUUUUCUCAAUUCAAGUUAUAAGCAAUGCCUUGAAAGUUUGGGGUUUAGAACUAAUCCUCUUCAACAGCCCAGAAUAUCAGAGGCUCGGAAUCAACCCUAUAAAUGAAAGAUCUUUUAUUUGUAACUAUAAAGAACACUGGUUUACAGUUCGAAAAUUAGGAAAACAGUGGUUCAACUUGAAUUCCCUUUUGACGGGUCCAGAACUAAUAUCUGACACCUACCUUGCACUUUUCCUGGCCCAGUUACAACAGGAAGGUUAUUCAAUAUUUGUUGUAAAAGGUGAUUUACCAGAUUGUGAGGCUGAUCAGUUAUUGCAGAUUGUUCAGGUGCAGCAAAUGCAGCGGCCUAAACUGAUUGGGGAAGAUAGCCUGCAAUCAAAAGAUCAGAGGGUGCAAAAACCGGAUGUAGAACAAACAGUAGAUGUUAACCAUUCUGAUGGCACGGCCAUGUUAGAUGAAGAUGAAGAAAACUUCCAAAAAGCACUUGCUCUCAGCAGGCAGGAGAUUGAUAUGGAGGAUGAAGAAGCUGAUCUCCGUCGAGCCAUUCAACUUAGUAUGCAAGGAGGCCCUCGAACUGGCUUUCCAGAGUCUUCCACACAUAAUGUUCCACACUCCUCAGGAACAAACCUGGCUGAAUCGUUGACAUCUGAAGAACUGCGUCGAAGAAGACAGGCAUAUUUUGAAAAACAGCAGCAGCUGCAUCAACAAGUUCAGAAUCCAGAAUUUCAUGGCAUACCAGUUACAAGUACAAAUGCACAAGUGUCGGAUCCAGGAGGCGUUAUGAGUGAAGAUGAUAUGCUUCAAGCAGCCAUGAAUAUGUCCUUGGAAACUGUUAGAAACAACAUGAAUGUAGAAGAAAAGAAAUGAUAAAAAUGCCUAUUUUUGUUUUUAUCUCAAACACUAAAUCCUGUAUUAAUCUUGUGAGGAUGGUAUAAAAGUCGGGUUCAUUUCACUGAUGUACCAAAGCAGGAUAUUGGCUUGAAACCUUUGGGAUUCAUGAUCAGAAUUAAAAGGCAGCCUUCAUAUAACAUAAAUAAAAUAUUACCAGUGAAUGGUUUUAGCUUUGACCACAUGGUUAGUUCUAAUCAAGUUGAUAGAGACUCCCCAUCUGAGUAAAGAGAUAGCAUUCUGUCAUAAAGUCUUCCCCAGCACUUUCCCAACCUGUGUAGGCAUUCAGGGUGUGUUUAUGAUAUUGGGAAAUAGUUGUAAAGUACCACAGCCCCAGUCAGUUAUGAUGCUGUGCUCUUGCAGAUUCCUUUUUCUCGGAGCAACAUUGCCUUUAAAAAUAGACCCACAUUCAUAAUCAUGAGACCUGUAUGUUGACAUCUGAAACCUCUUAGACUCACAUGUUUAAGGGUAUUCUAACCUUCCCUUCUAUAUUCUGAAUCAUAUAAAUAUGAUUUGCCAUUAAUUUCUGAAAGGUAUUCCAGUUACACUGUAUGUAAACAAAAUGUUGACAAGUAUUUUUGUUAUAACAUGAAAGCAUUUUAUAGGUGAGAGUAUUAAAAUUGUGUGCAAAAACAGAGAAAAAUCUGUUUUAAGUUGUGAAACCCAGUGAGUUAAAGCAUAUGUUGAAUUCUAAGUCUUGCAAGAGAUAGGCAAGACAAGUUCAUCAUGGAUCACAUUUAAAAGACAGAAUUCUUAAGCUCAUACUAGAGUUUUCCUCUUUUAUUUUAAGAAGAGGAGGAAAGGAAUUUUUAAAUAUAUUCUUCUGAUAAAUUUUGGGCAAUCUCCAUCAUGGUGUUUUGUCCUAGCACAAGCACUCAAGUAUAUGAAUGUUGGCUGAAUAACUUGACAGUGCUGCGUUAUUUGUUAUGCAAUCACCUUUAUUCCUUUUCUGUUUGGAAAUUAAAUCUUUGCUUUAUGCUUUCUCUUUACUGUUUUGUUUCUACAUGUAUUAAAGGAAGUUAUGUAGCUGCCUUACAUUAAGCACAGUCUACUCUGAUGGGCAGCAUCUCUCAAAGAUCUCAAAUACUAAUUUUUUCAAGUCCUUCUGAGUUGCUUUGGACUGGAGAUGUCUGGGAUUAAACCUGGGACAUUCCGCAUGCAAAGCAUGUAAUCUUCCACUGAAUUAUGGUCCUCUGAGUAUUCCAGACUGUCCAGAAUUGAGGAAGAGAAGGAAACAUUUUAAUGCCACGACUUCAGUGCCACGCCAUGAUUAUGCAUACAAGAUACAUGAAAUGAACCCUGCAUGGAUACCUAUGUGUUGAGAAUGAAUAUUCAUAAAGGAAUGUGUGAGUGGGUGUGUAUUCUAUCAGAAGUUAAUGAAUGUCUUUUGCCUGUAAGAAUUUUGAAGCUUUUCAUGAAUGGCCUUUGUUCAUGCACCUUACAGUUUUCUGUCAUUGUUUCUGUUACUGAGAGAAUAGGGAGCAAACCUACUUUUUUGUUAGUCAAAUUAUACUUUUGAUAUACAAGAUUUCUAUGACAGAAUGACCAAAAUUGGCAUUCUGUGUUACAAAAACAGUUUUUCUGUUUUGCAAUUGGUGCUUUAAGCAUACCUUCUGUUUACAUAUUAUAUCUGAUUGCUCUGGUUAUGGAUGUUUACAGUGUUCAGACUGUAUUCUCAGCCCAUAGGCAUUAGCCAGAUACAGUAAGAAAAUAUUGGAAAAUCUAUUUGUGUUUGCUCAUUGUUUCAAAAUUAUUAUUAUUGCACCAUACUGAUGUGUCACUCCUAGCUACUGAAUGAAAAAUAUAAUUGUAUGCAACUAUAUGGUACGAUAGGGAAUAAUGCGAUAUAAAAAGAGCACUUGGAUUUUGAUGAUACUGGUUUACAGUAAUGGAUUUUAAAUGGCUCUGUACGUAUAAGGAGCCAAAUCCCAGUUAUCUUAUUUGCAUGCUUCAUGUUUUGUUGAUCUUUGUGAAGUAUUGGCAAUGGGAUGUGGCUCUGAAUAUGAGCAUUACUUUUAGGACUGCAUCUAGCUUUACUGUUUCCAUAAACCUAAGGCAGCACUAUUUGACCAUACUUGACUUUUUUAAUAGUAGGAAACUUCAUGCGCAGAUCAUGGAUUUUUAAAACAGCUGCAACAUUCGUUACUUAAAGUUAUCUGCAUUUAUUAUAAUUUUGUUGCUUUUAAGCUAUUACUUGAAAAUGAAUAUGCGAAGGGAUUCAUAUAACGCAUGAAAUGAAAUCAUACCACUCUGUAUAAAACAUAAGUUUAUUUUUUCUUUGUACUUUUCCAAUAAAUGGUGUUCUUCUGGACAAGCUGAA